AAGUUCCCUUUAGAGAGCUUUUUCUCUCUCCGUUUGAUCUCUCUUUUCUUCUCUUCAACCACAAACCUAUGCAAAUGCAUAUGGUUACGGUGGAAGAGAAGAAAAGUACAUGACCAACAAAUUGAAACCUUCAUAGAGCAGAAAAAAUUGCAUCUACAUAUAUAUAUAUAUAUAUAUAUAUAUAAUAAAUAUAUAAAUCAUGGCAUACUCUGUUCUAUGCAAUGCUACAAUGCUCUUACCGGGCCUUGAUUGGUGCCAGAAAAGAAAAACACCAAAUUACUUGGUCAUCUGUUACAACAAAACGUUAACACAUGACACAGGUCUCUGGCAGGUUGCAAAUGCAUUGGAUUCAUCUCUCCCUCUAUUCGCCUUACAAUUGGUCACCAUCCUUGUCAUGAAUCGCCUACUCAUGCUUCUAUUCAGACCAUUAGGCUUACCUCGUAUUUCUGCUGAGAUUCUUAGUGGUGUAAUUCUGGGUCCAUCUUUCAUUGGUUCUUCAAAAGUUGGAACACUUUAUCUAUUUCCUUUCAGGAGCUUGUUGACAUUGGAGACAAUUGGAAACCUCAGCUUAAUCUAUUACAUGUUUCUUGUUGGAUUAGAGGUGGAUAUAAAACCGGCAAUGCGGGCGGGUAAAAAGCCUCUGAGCAUCGCACUCGUUAGCCUUCUAAUUCCGAUACCAGUUGGGUAUGCAUUGCAUAGGUUGAUGAACAAUGAACCCUAUGACAAUGAUGAUCUAUACGGUUCUCGUCCAAGGUACGGUCCAAUAUUUUGGGGCAUUGCAUUGGCAACCACGAACUUCCCUGAUCUAGCUCGCAUCCUUUCGGAUCUCAAACUCCUCCAUUCCGAGGUUGGAAGAAUUGCACUUUCAUCUGCCGUUAUAACGGAUCUUUUCUCUUGGGUUCUUCUCGUUGUCGCCAUCGCCACGGCCAGUGAUGGUGAAGCUUUUACCAUAGUUUCUUCCAUAUUCUUUGUAGCCAUGUGUUUCUGUGCUGUACGUCCUGUUCUUGCAUGGUUGAUUUCCUUAACUAGUAACGAUAUUGAUAGAUUGGGUGAGUACCAUAUAUGCUUCGUUAUGGCUUUGGUUCCUUUCUUCGGAUUCAUCACGGAUUCAUUGGGUAGCCAAUCGAUUCUUGGGGCUUUCAUGUUGGGAGUUAUUAUGCCAAAAGGAGAGCUGAAGAAUAUACUUAUGGAGAAGGUUGAAGACUUUGUAUCUGGGCUUUUGAUGCCACUUUUCUUUCUAAUUAUUGGGCUUAGAACCGAUCCUGUCAAAUUUAAUGUCCCUGGUAGUAUUACUGUCAUAACCUACAUCAUCAUUCUCAUCUCGGCUUUUUGUACUAAGAUUAUUAGCACUUUCAUGGCUUCGGUUUGCUUGAACCGCAUGUCUCCUCGAGAUGGUCUAGCUCUCGGAUUUCUCAUGAAUACCAAAGGUUUAUUGGCUCUCAUUAUCAUCAGCGUUGGUCGAGACCUAAAGGCUUUGAAUUCUGAAGCCUUUACAGUGAUGUUAUGUGCAAUUUGGGUAAUGGCUACUGUGGUUGGUCCAGUCUUGGCUAGAUUUUACAAGCCUUGUAGACAAUUCGGCAAGUACAAGCGAAGAACAAUAAUGAGUGUAGAAGAAGACGCUUCGGAGCUUAAAAUCCUCACAUGCGUACACAAUCCUCGCAACAUAAGCAGCUUCGUUAACAUCAUCGAGGCUUCGAAUCCAACAGUAGAAACACCAAUCAAUGUGUCUGUCGUCCAUCUCGUCGAAAACACCGGUCACCACGCAGCUAUGCUCAUUGUCCAUGAUACAUGCCAACCAGACGAAGACGUAAACAAAGAGUACUUACCUCAAAAUCACACCAUCAAUUCAUUUGAGAAUUUGAAGUCCAGAAUUGAUGGAGGAAUCACAGUCCAAGAACUCACUGCCGUUUCUUCAUACUCCACAAUCCAUGAAGACAUUUGCAGUCUCGCAGAGGAUAAGACAAUCUCCCUCAUAAUCGUCCCGUUUCACAAGCAAACUGGUAUUGCUGUUGAAGCAGGAACAGAUAACAAUGCUAAUAACCCUUUUGGAGAUGUUAACAAGAAUGUUAUGGACAGUGCUCAAUGCUCGGUCGCUUUAUUUGUGGAUCGUGGACUUAGUACACUUGAAUAUUGCGAAGGCGAAGGCGAUCGACGCCAUUUUUACAUGGUAUUCAUCGGCGGAGAUGAUGAUAGGGAGGCUUUAGCAUAUGCAUGGAGAAUGUCUAAUAACUCAACAACAGACUUAACAGUAAUCAGGUUUGUUCGCAGUGAAGAUGCUAUAGACAGGUCUAUAGAUAAUGAUGAUCAUGAAGAUGGCAUUGAAGAUAUUCUAACAGACCGUGACAAACAGAUUGAUGAUGACUACAUCAAGGAAUUCAAGACGAAGUCGAGAAAUUCGAUGUCUGUGGAGUUUGUGGAGCAUGUGGUUAGUAAUGGCGAUGAGAUGGUGAGAAUGAUUGGGAGUCUGGAUUAUAAAGGUGAUCUUUUCAUCGUAGGAAGGGGGAAGAAGAGAAUGUCGGCUCUCACGAAAGGACUUUUGGAUCUUGGUGAGUGUCCGGAAUUAGGAGCCUUGGGAGAUAUAUUGGUGUCUUCAAGCUUCAUGGCUGAAACUUCGAUUCUCAUAGUGCAACGAGGUGCUUCAUCAUCAUCAUCUGAUCAUAAUGAUGAUGAGAAGGCUGCAAGUGGUGGACAGUUGAAGGAGCAUAUUGGACGCAUGACAUGGGAUGUUUCGGAGGCCCAAGCGCCGGAAUUCGCGCCGUUUGUUCAUCGGAGAGGGAGACAUAUGAAUCAUGACAGUGAUCAUCUUUGAGUGUGAUUUUGUGGUUAUGUGUAUGCAAUUGAAUUUAGUUUGCUUGAAAUGGAACGUUUUAUUUUUCUAUGGCAAAAUAAGUGUUCCUUUGAGCAAAUUAAAAGGUCAUGACGAGAUAAAUGGAGCAUUAUUUGAUUUAAUUGUGAAUAUCACCAUGAAUUUCGAAAUAUAUAUAUUGACGUAGUUGAAAAAACUA